UUUCAUUCUUCGAUCUCUCAUUCAUGGUGCUGAGAAAUAUGGCUAGGGACUUGAACGAUCUCGUUGCUAUUACCAGAACCAUAGAAUCUAUAGGAGAUAGAUUUCAAACCCUCGACAAGCGCCUUACAAUAAGUCAAACGAAAGCAUACCAACGUCAAGCGAUAGAACUUGUCCGAGCUGCUCACCACCUAUUUCAAACAAUCCCAAACUACCAACCUACGGAGAAUGAAGCGAAGCUCUAUGACCAGGCUCGGUUAUCUCUGGAGAACAAUCAAGUGGUCCUAAGUGCACUGAGAAAACGUCUCAUUUUAAUCUUCAAAGGUCCAGAGACGUCCAGUUUCGACUCCGACAAAGCAAAAGCGAGGAAGCUUCGUCUCACAGAACGUUGUAAUACAAUCCGCAAUAUGGAACCUGAGGUUGUCUUGUGGUGGGUCAAAGCAUAUCCUACGUCUGUGUGGGAAGUAAGCCAGAUGUCUGAUCGCACGUUCGAUUAUCUUGUGGACAAAAUGAGUUCCCAGAGAGUUCAAGCCUUGCAUUCAGACCAUGAUAAUCUGUGCGCUUUCGCGUCUGAAGGACCGCUUGACUCAUGUGAAGAAUAUCGCAAUUUCACUCAAGCUUUUCACGCUGCGGCAUAUCGACUUGCUCAAUCAUCUACAGGUAAGGAGAUCUGCGAUACAUGCUCCCGCAGCAAUUCAUGCACAAACAGAUUUUGGACUCCCAUUGCCCUUGGACAGUAAUAAUACGGGAACGCGGCCGGUACAAGUUGGUUCAGAACUCCUUCAUGGUAGAGUUUACAAUCUCUCGAUCCCAGAUCUCCAGCUUGUGGGGGUAUCCGACAAUGUCCGCGGGGGCCCAUGGUUGACAGAUCCAUACGAUGUGAACAAUUUUCCGUUUGUCACUGUUCAGAUUUCGAGGGAACUCGGCGGUAUUUAUGCAACUCAGAGACCCCAGCAAAUGUGAAUGCAAUACCGUUACGCCAAAUCAACGCUGUUAUGUUUCGCCCUUUAUGUAUGCGAUCCGAACAGAUCCAAUGUAGUAAUACCACCAAUUGCUGUUCCA